AUGAAAGACACAUUAGGUAGAUUAGGUGUUGUUGAGGAGGAUCCUCAAUACAAAAAAAAACAAUCUUUAUCAUCAAAUCAAUCAUUCACCAAUUCCACUCAGUCUUCAGCAUUAACUAACCAGCAUGAAAUACACCAAACAUUAGAUCAAAAUCAUAUCAAUUCAUUCUUAAUGCACUACUAUUUAUCGUCAUCAUCAACACAAUUUCGUAAUCAAUUAAGAAUGUAUCUUAUUUUAAAAAUUAUCAUUUAUAGUUUAGUCUGUGUGAAUAUUUGCCUUUGUGUCAUAUGUUUAUAUACAAUGGAUGCAAGUUUUGGUUAUGUUGAACCGAAAUUCACAGACAAUUCAACAAGUUCAACAACACAAAAAUCAUUUCGAAAUAUAUUAAUGAAUGAGGUACUAGAUAAAUUACCUGUUUAUUUACAAGAAAUUGUUAGUCAAGGUCAAUUAUACACGAAUCAAACAUUUGAACGAGUUGAACAAAAAAUUGAUAUUCAAUUAUCAAUAACUGCUGAACAAAUUAUCCAAUCAUUACUCUCAUCAUAUCAAUUAUCAUCUGUAAUCCAAUUGGCUGAAUCCAUUACACAAAGUCUUAAUGAAACAACAUUAGCUAGUCAAAUAAUUAAUUCACAAGAAAAAAUAUUACAACAAACUAUGAAUAAUUAUAUUGAACAUUCAAUUCAAUAUGUGGAAAAUUUAAAGAAAAUACUACUGAACUACUGA